AUGUCUUCGCAACAACGGACGGUGAUUGUUACUGGUUCGGCGCGGGGCAUAGGAAAGGCAAUUGCUCUUCGUCUUGCCGAGGAUGGCUAUGACGUCUGCAUCAACGACAUUCAAGCGAACAAGGCCGGAAUCGAUGAGACAGUCUCUGAGAUCCAAAAGCUUGGUCGUCGAGCAUACGGACAUGCAGCUGAUGUAUCCGACCUUGCCCAAGUCGAAGAGAUGGUCGCAGCCUCGGUUCGAGAGCUUGGCCCGCUAACAACCAUGGUGGCCAACGCUGGAAUCGCUCAAGUCAAGCCCAUUCUCGAUGUAACGACAGAUGAUCUUCGUCGCAUGUUUGAUAUCAACGUCUUUGGCACAUUCAACUGCUAUUCAGUUGCCGCUAAGCAAAUGAUCAAGCAGGGCUCCCCCGGUAAGCUCAUCGGGGCUGCAUCUAUUGCCGCUAUGAAGUCCUUUCCCAUGCUGUCCCACUACUCGGCAAGCAAGUUUGCAGUCCGUGGCUUCACCCAGGCAUUUGCCAUGGAAAUGGCGCCCCACAAGAUCACUGUAAACGCUUAUGCACCGGGAAUCGUGGGUACGGCCAUGUGGGAUCUUAUUGAUGAGGAGUUGGCAAAGGUGCAUGGCGCCAAGAAGGGCGACAUGAUCAAGAAACAUAGUGAUGACCUGAUUUCAUUGGGACGUACGAGUGUCCCGGAGGACGUGGCGAAGAUGGUUCGUUUCUUGAGUGGGCCAGACUCCGACUACGUGACAGGGCAGACUCUCGUCGUUGACGGUGGUAUUAUCUUUACUUGA